AAUAAAAUAAGCAAAAGUAAUCAGAAGUUUGUCAAGUAAACUCUCAAAUCGGUGUCGUUACAAACUCGCAAAUACAAAAACUUAAAAAAUAAACAAAAUAAAUAGUGUUAUAAAUUUAAAAAAAAUUUGAACAAAAUAUAUUCAAUUGGAAAAUUUAAUUAAAUAGUUAAAAUGAUAAAGUUAUACAAAAUAAUAGAAAUGUUAAUGUUUGUGCUAGUGAAUAAACAAUUUAGUGGUACCACGGAAUAUGGUUGAUAAAUGUAUAUAAUUUAGUGGUCCCACUUUUUUGAAAGAAUGUGAAAAAGAAGUAAGAAAAUGUCAAAUAGAAAUUACUAAAGUAACUUUACUAGUCGAUACCAGAUGUCGCCCAAGUUGCGUGGAAUACAACCUUGUGGAGCUGCCAUACAAAGAGUGUUGUGUAGAUGUGUGCGUACAAAACCCAUAUCGAAAUGUUAGUAGUAGAGCCACACGCCAUAUUUAAUUUCUAAAGGCAAAGAAAGCCAUUUUUCAUAAAAUAUCUGCAAUUUUUAUGUAAAAUUUUUACAACCUAAAAACAUGUUAAAUGUGCAUUAAAUAGUGUUAAUUAUAAAAGUGCUAUUCGACAAAAGAAUUAAUAAUAUUUUAACAAUUUGUGCAUAACAAGUGUUGCCAGUAUGGCUCAAUAUUACCAAAUACAAAAUCUUGAUGACCUAAAACAAAUUUACGCCGAUGUCCAAGUGGUUCAUGUAGCCAGUGAUGAUGUUGGUGUCAGUAACCCAAAUAGAGCUCAGCAAAUUGUUUUAGACGAGACACAGCAAAUUCUUUUACAAAAUGAUGGACCCCAACAAGUUGUCUAUCAAACACAAGGAACACCAACGCAAUACCAACCGCCGCAAGCAGGAACUCACUAUACCAUAUUGGGCGAAGAUAUGAAUCAGCCUCAAGCCCAGACAGUACAACAUCAACAAGUUCAACAACAACAGCAGCAGGCACAAACACAACAACAUCAGCAACAACCUCAACCGCCUCAACAGCAGCAACAAGUACUGAUGCAUCAACAGCAUCAUCAAGUUAUAGACCCUCAACAGCAGCAGCAACAACAGCAACAUCAAUUGCAAGCCGCGUAUCAGUUGCCACAAGAAACUCAACAGCAACCGCAACACAUGCAAACACAAGAUCAUCAAAUGCAACAGCAUGUACAAGCACAGCCACAACAAAUCUACUAUACAACAGAUCAUCAAUUGGUUCAUCAACAACAACAGCAACAGAAGAAAGUGUAUAUACAACAACAGCCCCAGCAAUUGCAACAGCAAUAUCAAACACAUCCCCAGCAUCAGCAACAAAUGAUACAUCAAGCUCCACCGCCUCAAACCCAAACACAACCUCAGCAACAUAUUUUACAAAGUCCACAGCAUCAUGCGCAGCAGGUGCAAGUGCAACAUCAAGUGUCUCCCAGUCAUCAACAACAGGCCCAACAACAGCCCCAAAUUAUUUACAGAAUGCAGCCACAACAAACGCAACAAUUGCAGCAGCUAAUAGUUCAGCAACCAUCGGGACAACAAGUCUUAAUACAACAGCCGCAACAACAAGAACUCAUAAUGAGGCAAUCAAUGCCUCAGCAGCGCAUCAUCUACAAUAAUCGUGUUCUGUACUCGACCCAACAACAGUCACCACAGCAGCAGCAACACACGGUGAUGGGACAAUCGCCACAAACACAUCAACCACAACACAUACUCCAAACAACACACACAACGAUGCAGCAACAUCAUAAUCCAACACAUUUAGUGCAACAGGCCCGUGUUGUUCCCACUCCCCAUCAGCAACAACAGACACAACAACAAACGCCACCAACUCCGCCACAACAAAUGCAACAAAAUGUUGUGUAUCAACAAAUUCAGGUUCAAAAUAACCAAAUGCCGAAAGCUCUAAUGCCGCAGCAGCAACAAACACAAAACUCUCCGCAGCAUCAGCAACAUAUACAGUUGCAACACCAGCAACAACAACAGCAGCAACAAACCCAAAUGGUGACUCAAGCUCCAAAUCCAAAUGGGACAACAAUCAUACGAGCAGGUGUAGCUAGAGGCGGCAAGAUUGGUCGAGGAGCAAUGAGUGGCACAUUGAUAGCACGAAUGCCUGGCAUGGCGGGAGUAGCAAGAGCAGAAAUAAGACCUGGUUUUAAUGCAGCCGGCGCAAUUGGAGGCGGAGGAAGUCAAAUUCUACGCACUCCUCGUCCUCGUUGUAGCACUACAGUUGGUUCAACUUCAAGGGGCCGAGGCAGAGGAGCUCGUGGAGCAGCUGCGAAUGUCGCUGCUGGAAGAGGUUCUCCCAUUCUAGCCAACAAUCAACAACUCGGCACACUGCAGCAAGGGAAACUUGUUACACAAUCCCUUCCCAACCAGGGAAUACGACAGGUUUACAGAACCCAAGUUAGUGAUGCAAGCGCAGCUGCUCAACAGCAACAACAUCAGCAAAUUCAUUUAGUACAAGCCCAACCCCGGAUGCCGGGAGUUGCAUCGCGGUUUCGAUCUCCCGCCAUAGGUGCACAGCAGCAACAAACCCCAUCAGAAAGUACCCAACAGACACCCUCGUCCUCUGGCUCUGCCACAACAGGUGGUGGAGCAGGCGCUGGUCUGGGUGAUCUUGACUUAGAAGAUAGUAUUCAAGCAGUAUUUGUGAAAAAGGAUGCACAACAACCGAAAUCAGCUGGUCCCCCAAAUCAAAAUACAACAGCAGUUCUCAGCAGCGGCAGUUCAACACCAGUUGGUGGCACAACACUCACAUACUUUACUGCCAAAGACGAUGACGAAAAUCGUAUGAUUCGAACACAAAAUGGCACAUGUAUGUCAUUGGCGGAGUUUAAAAAACGCAAUGCCAAUGGUGGUGGUGGUGCCCCUGGUGGCAACCAAAUUAUACAAAAUUCCGCAGCAGCUGGUGGUAUCAAGCCUCUACAGCAAACUGCAGGUGGAACUAAAAUUUCCUUACCAGCAACUGGCCAGUCUGUGCACAGUGUACCAGUAGCUCGGGUUGCACCACAAAAGCAUAUAGUCAGCAAAGAACAAGGUGGAAGUGUGGCAGUGGUUGGAGGUGGCGCAGUUAAUACAACAGCCAGUUCUGUGGCAAAUAUCCAAGUUGCUAGCGGACCUCCAGCUGGUUCCUCGGUGUACCAAACAUCGCACAACAACUAUGAAAUACAAACGCAUCAUGUACUAAAUAAUCGGGCCGGCCAACAAAUGGCUGAAAAGGAUCGCAACAGUGCAAAGAUGUUGGUAAUUUUGGUAUCUGGAGAGCAACGUUUGAUUACAUUCACUCUUCCACGAGAAUCGUGUACCGUACAGGAUCUCCUGGAACAGGUGGGAGUGCCGUUUGACAAUAGCACUACCAUACAAUGUGUGGAGAAUCCAGGAGCCAAUAUCGAUUUUGUAGUAACUGUUGGAUUUUCUGUACAGGAAUCUGCAAGUGAGUUGAUAUCGAGAGCGGAACAAAGUCUACAAAUAAGUAGACAACAAGAGAGUAUGCAACAGAAUGCGGGAACUUUAGCGGGCACUGCAGCUGCUGUGGCUAAUGCUACCGAAAGUAAUGCCCAGACUAAUGCAGCUGCGCCGGCAGCGGCUACAGCAUCAGCGACACCAAAUGCAGCAGCACAAACCACAGAAAAUUCUACAAAAGAUAUAAACAACCCGAAACAAGCUGCCACUGCAAAUGCGGCGGCAACCACUUCAGCGGCGUCAACUAGUGCUAAAGCCACCGAAGAAUUGCCCCAGCGUAAACUUAUCCAAGGCUUUUACGCGAUUUGCCAGAGUUGUGGUUUCAGUGGUUACGACCAUGCCAAAUGCGAACGGUGUAAACGUGUCUUUAUGGAACCACCUAAAAAGAUUCCUAUUAAACAAGCUACUGCACCAUCGUUGGGAAAUAAUUUCGCUAAUUCAAAUAGCUCGGGAUCUGCAGAUUCACCGACACCGUCGUCAUCAUCUACAUUGCCAACGAUUGAAAAGAAACGUCAUUCUGAAACGGCCGCACAAAGAGGAAAAUCAUUGUUGGCUUACAAUCAAAAUACACCAGCCACCCGAGGACGAGGCGGUUCGCAGUCGGGAAGAGGACGUGGUUCACGAUCUGGUCGCAGGGCUGCCGAAGUUGAACCAGUCAUAUUGACACUUAGCAGUGACGAAGAUGAUGAUGAAUCAUCAAAUAAAGGAAAUUCUAAUAUGAGUGCACUAGCUAAACCCUCAAAUACAUCUUCCAGUGCAUCAUUAGCGUCGUAUAAACCAUUCUCAUUUGAGCCAAACAUGCCAGAUCCAGAUGAAACUGCAUUAUACAAUGAUUUUACUCGUGGGGAUGUUACUGAUCUUACAAAUUGUAUCGACAAGUUGAGUUGUAGUCUGUCUUGCAAAUUAAUACGAUUUGGAACUUACCGUUUUGAGCCAUCGGAACAGGUAAUAAUAACCUCUUUAGGUAUACGUAUUGUUGCUCCGUUGGAAACGAAUCCAAGUGAAACGUUUCCAUUAAAUAUUUACAAACAUGAGGUGGUUAAGAUUAUUGCACACUUUUCCAAAAGCCCCGGUGUCAAUUCCAUGAUGUGCUUCUAUACUUUACGUAACUGUGCCCAUUACAUACGGACAUCAUUAAAUAUGACAGAAGUCCCUAAACAUUUGGACGGUGUGACUUACUUUUCUGUUAAUGGUCCAUAUCAAAUACGUAAAAUUAUUAUACAAUUUGAAGCCAUAUCGGAGCAAGCUAAAAGUGUUAUACGAUCUAUAUGGGAUUUUCUUGAUGAAAUUUCCGAAACUGAUGCCCAAGACUUGUUGCAAAGAGCUGCAGAUUCAGACAAAAAAAUAGCAAACAACAAAAACAAUAGUGAAAACAUUCCCACAACCACUCAAUUGCAACCGAAUGAAAUACGCCAGCUUCUAAUAUAUCCACCAGGAAAAGGCGGCAUAUCGAUCAACACUGAAGAUUAUAUGUGUCUGGCUACCGAUCAAUAUCUAAACGAUAUUAUUAUAGAUUUCUACUUGAAAUGGGUUCAUGAUAAUGUUAUACCGGAAGCACAAAAGGAGCGUACUCACAUUUUCAGUACAUUCUUCUAUAAACGCUUAACUACUUUAACACGCCAUACGCAUCAUGAUAAGGAUGGUGGAAAAUUGACGCCUGCCCAAAAACGUCAUGCUCGUGUGCAAAACUGGACGAAAAAUGUAAAUCUUUUCGAAAAAGAUUUCAUUGUUAUACCCAUCAAUGAACAGUCACAUUGGUUUUUGGCCAUAAUAUGUUUUCCUCGCCUUAAAGGUCCGGUUACCUUUGAUACAAACACUCCCGUGGAAUUGCAACCCAUUAAGAAAACUAAAGGCAAAAAGGUGUCAUUGCAGAUUGGUAAUACAACGAUUACCCCCCUAUCGAAACGUGACAGUGCCAAUGUCCUGAGUGAAAUUUGUGCAGUUGGUGAUGACGACAGUGAGCGGGAUGAAGCAGAAGGCGAUGAUAGUGAUUUGGCAUCAGAGGACAGUGAUUUCGAUAACACAUCAUCAUCUACAACGCUUAACAGCUCUCAACCAGCCACACCAAUAGUAACGGGUACCCCGAACACAUCCGCCCACCAACCCAUUAAACAACCACUUAUAUUAAUAUUUGAUUCUUUGGCGGGUGCCUCUCGCAGUCGUGUUGUUGCCACCUUACGAGACUAUCUGACAUGUGAAUACAAAAUAAAAAUGACUGGAGCACCAUUGCACACGUUCAACAAGGACAAUAUGCCGGGUCAUUGUGUUAAAGUGCCUCAGCAAAAUAACUUUACAGAUUGCGGCCUCUAUUUGUUGCAGUAUGUGGAACAAUUCUUUAAGGAUCCCAUUCGCGACUAUAGAGUACCAAUUAAACAACUCGCUCAAUGGUUUGACACCUUGACGGUCACUCGGAAACGUGAAGACAUUUCGAAUUUACUUCAAAAGCUAAUGAACGAACGCAAUGGGCCAAACAAUAAAAUUAUUUUGCCAGAAAUUCCAUUUCCAACAUUAAAUGGCCUGCUGGUUGAACCGGAAGGUUACAACAUUGAAUUCGAGGAAGAAGAAAUGGAAGAUGACGACGAGGAGGAAAAUACCACAGGGGAUAUGGAUGAACUUUCUACAGACGAUACUAGCAAGAGUAAGACACCUAUUAAAAUGCCUACAGCAACCACGGUUGCAGCUAAUACAACCACAACGGCAGCUGCUUUAGUUCCCACACAAGGACGAAAAAUCGUCGUUAAACGACGCAUGCAAAUAAGCGGAAACAAUGAUUUAAACACUACUCAAGUAAGUGCUGCCGCCGCUACCACCUGUGGAACACCACCUACAGCGGCUUCAGCGGGGUCCUCAAGUCACCAACGUACUAGUAUGGCAAAAAUACGUAAAGUUGAUUCAGCGUAAACAAAAGAAUUUUUUAAGAUUUAAGUAUAGGUAUUUCAUCCAUCACUUCACUCACUUGCACUUGCAAUAUUUGCAAGGUUGCCAAAUAUUCAGCUCAGAAAAUGGCUAGAAAUGGCUAAACCCAAAAAUAACUGAAUACAAAUUCAUAAAUAUUACAUUUCUUGCCCCCAUUACCACGAAGUCUGGUUUUCAAAAAUAAUUUUUACCGACUUCGUGUUAAUGGGGUUUAGCGGAUUAACCCCCAUUUUCUCAAUCUCCGGUUAUCGUUUUUCGUAACGAUAUACUUCCAAUUAAUAGAAUUUUUGUAUGAGAACUGUCAGUAUAUCGUCACGAUAAAAAAUAACCAGAGAUUGAGAAAAUUUCUUUUUUGAUAAAUUUCUGGGCACUUACAUUCAAAAUCGGAUCCAUUGAAGAAAUGCAAAAAUGGCUAGAUCUUCCGGCUAGAUUAAAUCUAGCCAUUUUUUUAUGGCUAAAUGAAAAUAAAAUCGCUAGAUUUAGCCGGAAAACGGCUAAAUUGGCAACCUUGACUGUCAGCAUCAUUGUCAUCAUCGUUUAAUUUUAAUAUUAACAUUAUCAUUAGUUUUGUUGUUAACUACUCAACGUAUCUCCAUAGAAUUAAAUACUCUAAGCCUUGUUUCAUUUUCUGCAAUUAUUUUAUUACAUCCUAUUUGUUUAUUAUUUCGUAGAUUGUUAGGACCAUAGAGAAUAGACAUAGAGCGGAAACUCUGCUGUCAAAGACCUAACUCAGUUGUCAGAAACCUAAGAAAAAACUGUGAAAACAAAAACAACACUCGUAUGUGUGAUUAAUUUGAGUUAGGUCUUUGACAGCAGAGUUUCCGCUCUAUGGUUAUAAAUUUUGAUUUUUUUUUAUUGUAUUACUGUAAAUAUUUGAUUAAUUUAAACAAUAGUGCAGGGCACACUUAGAAAGGUGAAACAGCUGAUUAUUUUUUUAUUCAGUUUGAAUUGUCAAUUCACUUGUGUGCCCUGCAAUAGUGUAUUAAACAUAUUUAUAACCACUUAAACUGUGUUAAAAUAAUUUAAAAGUGGUUGGUUAGUUUAUAACCUAAAAUAUAAAAAAAAUAAAAUUUAUUCAUAAAAAUAAACAAA